GACCUCGUGCUUGCACCAUAUGCUUCUAUGACACCUUACAAUCUCUGCACUGGAUGGACCACAAAGGUGACAAAGAAGUGCAUGAUCGGCCGCUUUCCGAGCGCGACAAGCGUAUCCUCACCACCUACGGAAGAUUGCCUUGUGGGGGCAGUCUCGGACAGCAGCCUAAGAAACGGACCUAUUUCGAUUCAGGAGAUUAUGCCCUCUCCGCAGCUCACCGAGUGACCGACAACGGCGAUAUCCAAACCGGCACGGCUCACCCUGUCCGUGAGAGCAUUUCGCACCCCUUCGCACCGGUACCAGGCACUGGCAAUGCUGCUAAGGAGGCUAAUGAUGGUAUUUUUGAGGACAAGAGUGCCAUUACACAAGUUCCAAGGAGUCCUCUUUCCAGGAACCCGAGCUUCAGUGAUCAGGAUCUAUAGGCCCCGAGGGCAGAAAAGCCUGAACUUGUAGGAUACCUCGCGAUGGUUAAGGACUGGGUUGAUGAGCUUCAUUGCAUACUAUACGGGGGAACACACUGGUUCCUCUUGACGCGUUUGAUAUCCGGGUCAGUUCCUCCCCAGAAUACUUGAUAUGUUAUAUUGAUAGAUAAUGUCUUUGGUUGGUUUAUAUCCUGUUUCCAGAUUGAACUGUCCUUAGAUAUGUACGUAUCUCGAAU